UGCCAUUUGCGGGAAAACAUGACGUUUUGCCUCGGAAGAAAAAAAUCAAAUGCUCUCGUUUAAAAGUGAAAAUUACGCCUAAAAUUCAAUGAAAAGUGAUUAGAAAAUUAUACAAACUUGUUGUAGAAGUGUUGUUUAAUCUAGUUGAUUGUUGAGACAUAUGCUAGAACAAUUUUUUCCGGUGAUAUUCAGUGGAAAGUUCCGUGGAAAGGUGUGCUUUUCUGCAUCUGACCACUGCAAUUUGUUUUGUUUUCACAUAUCUCCGUGUUUGGCUAUUAUUCACAUUACCGAAGUAAAAAGUGCCCCAAGAAAACAAUAAAAUGAACAACAAUCGAGACAUCUACGAUUUGGUGGAGAAAUUAUGCACAGAAUUGGGAGGAAGAAAUCACAGAGGGGCUCUGAGGAGUGUCACCAACUACCUGGCGAAUACGCAGAACGCCAUUCGGGGGACAAGUAGGGAGGACGAGCAGACUAUUGUGGCCAAAAUAACAUCGAUCCUCUCCCAGAAGUCCAGUCGUGAUGUGGUGCUCUUCACGCGCCUCCACAAUCACUUGGCAUCAAAUAUGGAACUGAUUCCUCGAACACAAAUUCUCUCCUUUCUUCUUUACUUGGCAAAUUCUGGUCGAGAACAUAAAAUUGCUGUGCAUGAAAAUUCCCUGCAAAAUAGUACAAAAAGUCAAAAUAGCACCAAUUCUGUACGGAGGAUGAUACCCAAGUCCAUUGUGACUCGUCCAUCAUCCUCAAUGGAAACCACUCAAGCUUCCAAAUUACCAUCAUAUCGUGCAUCUUCCGAACAGUUGAGUAGUAGAUCGAGUGGUCAGAAUGCAUUUGAGCCUGUUGAUCAGCAGGAUGAACUGGUACAGGAUGUACUGUAUGCUCUGAUUGGAAAACAGUGUAAAUUUCUUAGGAAGGAUGUUGUAAGUGGGGGAUUUAAGUUAGAACCGGCAAAACGUCGAUCACUUAAUACCCAAAAUGCCGAGAUGCUGCUGAGAUUGGCAGAAUUGGGGUAUUUGCAUGAUCAGGUAGUGAGUUUUCUGGAUGCUAGAAGUGAGAGACAUCCAUUGGGAUUGAUUGGUCAGGGUUUGGUCACAGCUAUGCGUCGCGAAUUGACUCAGUACUAUGGAAUGGUGGCUAGGAUGCAGGAACAAGUGAAUGCUUCGAGAGCUAAAACAAAGGCACCCGGAGAGCGUAUAACGCUGAUGAGGUUGAUGCUGUGGGUGAGUACGCCACAGUACAGAUUGACAUGGCUCACGAAAAUUGCGGAAAAGUGUGUGGAUUGCAAAGGAGGAGCUCUAAUGUCAGCAGUCUUUAGUUUUCUCUGUCACGGAAAUCCCCAAGUUAGGGGUCUGGCACGUGAACUUCUGCAGGAAAUGUGUCUUCCUCUGCGUCAUAUGCUACUUCGGUGGCUGUUUGAUGGGGAAAUCCAAGAUCCUCAUGCAGAAUUUUUCAUUGAGACACUCCAUGAUGUUUCUAAUGAUCGUCUCUGGCUGGAUAAAUAUCGUGUGAGAGAAAAUCUACUGCCGACAUUUAUUAGUCCAAAUCUUGCCAAUAAAAUCCUAGUCAUCGGGAAGAGUAUUAAUUUCCUGAGGGAAGUGUGCCAAGACAAGGGUGCCAUUGGUGGACGGGAGGAACUUAGGAUGUGUUUUGAGGAGAGAAUUGACAAUUUAUUCUCGGCUUUUGCCGACACAAGAUUGCAUCAGCAGAUUGAUCAUUUCUAUCUUAAUACGAGCAAAAAAGUUUUGCAGGUCAUCAUUGGACCACAUAAACUCCUGGAUCAUCUCAAGGCCAUGAGGCGGUAUUUGCUGAUGGGACAAGGGGACUUUAUAGGACUUCUCAUGGAAUCUCUCAAAUCCCAAUUAGACAGUCCGGCCAAGGAGGUUCAUUGUUACAAUUUAUCCGCCAUUAUGGAUGCCACAGUUCGCAUGACAAAUGCCCAAUUCGACGAUCCGGAUAUUCUAAAUAAUCUGGAAGUGCAGAUAAUGGAGCCAUUUGAGGGUGACACGGGCUGGGACCUUUUCUAUCUCAAAUACUCCGUUCAAGGUCCCGUGGCGACGAUGCUGGAACCGUGCAUGGCCAAGUACAAGAUGAUCUUCAAGCCACUGUGGCGCAUUAAACGAAUUGAGUUUGUGUUGAUGUACAAAGUUUGGAAAGAUCAGAUGUGCAACGCAAAGGAAUUUCGCGGAAUGCGUGCUGAAAUGGAUGGGAUUACGUAUAAAUUGCAUCUGUGUACGCAAGAAAUGAUGCACUUUAUCAGUGAAAUUCAGUACUAUAUUCUGUUUGAGGUGAUAGAGUGCUCGUGGGCGAGUUUGAGUGAGAAAAUUGGUACAGCAUCGGCAGUUGAUGAUAUCCUCUUGGCACACAGUGAUUUCCUCGAGACGAUAAGAUAUGGGAUCUUUUUGGAUGCCAAAAGUGAGCAAUUAUUUGCCAAAUUGGACACAAUAUUUCACGAAGUGAUGAAUUUGGAGGCAUGGCAGGAUAAAUUCUAUGAAGUGUGCUUUCGGGAACUCAAUGCAAGGACGAAUUUUGAGGAUAAUGUGAAGAUAAGUGAGAAAAAGGGAGAAUAUGGUGUCACAACGGAGAAGCGAAUGGAGAGAGAUCAAGAGAAGAAGCUUUUCCAGAGUGAUUUGGCUAAAUUUCACAAAAGUCUCGAUCACAUUCGUCAGAGCUAUGAGACGUCUGUGAAGCAAUUCCUCUAUGAAUUGGCGUCUUCCAAUGAUUACAACUUGCAACUCUUUGGCAUUCGGCUGGAUUUCAAUGAGUACUACAAGAAACGCGAUGAACGACUCAAUGCUCCACUAACGUAUGAAUAUAUGCGACUGAGUAGUAUGUUUCACAACAGCAGGAACAGUAGCAGUCGCAUGAGUACUAGCAUGCUUUUGAACUGACCCGAGGAAGCGGGCUUCUGACCUGCUGAUACAUCCACAAAUCCCAUGACUUCCCAAAUUACGCCAAAAGUCACAGAAUCUCGCGCCAGAUAUGCCCAAAAUAAAAUCCAGAGGCGCUUCAUUUACGGAUCUUGCUGCAGUUGCUCAUAAAUUCAAUUCCCUUCUUUUGUUUCCCUCUGUUCCACCCACAAAAUAAUUAAAUUCUCAAAGGAAAUAAAUGGCAUGUCAAUGAUGUA